CUGAAAUACACAUUACUCUGCCAGGAAACCAGCUGAUGCCAGCAUUGUUCUCCAGAUUCAGCAGAAAACUGUGAAGAAGAGAAAGUCGUGAAAUGUGAACAUCUCUGCCAACGUGUGUGAUAUAUACAUGCGCUGCGAUGAAGUUCCACCAGGUUAGAAGAGUGAUGACCAUCCUGUUCCUUACUAUGGUUAUUUCAUACUUCAGUUGCAUGAGAGCUGCGCCCCUGAGAGACGCCCCGGGUAUGCGGGGCCAUCGGACGGAAGGCUACUUGGGCGCCGCUGCGACGGCCGCACGAGGCCACGGGACUCCACAGAGUGGCGGUGGGCCGGGCCAGCGCGGGGAGCUGCCCUCGCUCACAGACACGUUUGAGCAGGUGAUAGAGGAGCUGCUGGAAGUAGAGGGAGAGGCGGCGCAGCUGGGACAGGGGGGCGAAAAGAGCCAGGGAGGUGGGGGCCCGUCCUCUGUGGUCACAGCAGAGACCAAGGAUGUCGACAUGUACGACUCGCGGGUGAUGAUCAGCAACCAAGUGCCUUUGGAGCCGCCGUUGCUCUUUCUCCUGGAGGAAUACAAAAACUAUCUGGACGCCGCUAAUAUGUCCAUGAGGGUGCGGCGACACUCGGAUCCCUCGCGGCGUGGAGAGCUCAGUGUGUGUGACAGUAUUAGCCAGUGGGUGACAGCUGUGGAUAAAAAGACGGCAAUAGACAUGUCUGGGCAGACAGUUACCGUCAUGGAAAAGGUCCCUGUCCCCAAUGGCCAACUGAAGCAAUACUUUUAUGAGACCAAAUGCAACCCCAUGGGGUACACAAAGGAGGGCUGCAGAGGAAUAGACAAGCGGCAUUAUAAUUCCCAAUGCAGGACAACCCAGUCCUACGUGCGAGCGCUUACCAUGGAUAGCAAAAAGAAGAUUGGCUGGCGGUUUAUAAGGAUAGACACUUCAUGUGUAUGCACAUUGACCAUUAAAAGAGGGAGAUAGUGUAUAAAAUGUAUAGAUUUUAUUGAAGAGUUUAAAAAAGAGAAUAAAGAGAAAAUAUCUAUUUGUAUAUAUACAUAACAGGGUAAAUUAUUCCGUCAAAUGAAAAUUUUAUGGACUGCAUGUAAAAAAAGAUGAAGUUUAUACAGUAAAAGUGAUACUACAGUCUAUUUAUUGAACAUAUUCAUGACCUUGUAAACAAUUAAAAAAAAUCUGAUCAGUCAUUUGCGCCCAGUUUAAAUUACUAUAUCACAUUCCUCAAGACAUUGUGAUUUGUUUACGUUGCCAAGAAUUAGAAAAGGAAGGAAAAGAAAAAAACAGGCAAGGAAGGAGAGA